UUCCUCAAUUAUCCCACAGUNCUUCGCCCAACCCUCUAUUCCAGUGUCGUCUGGGCCUGCGUGUCAAUAUCACAGUGAAGGACAACAUGUGCCAUUACCCACAAUCCCCUGCAGGUAUGCUGUGUUUGGACCACGGCCACUGCGUGACCUCGGUCACUCAGGAGAGUUAUGCCUGCCACUGCUGUCCCAGUUUCACCGGUCCCCACUGCGAGGAGUACGACGGGUGCCAGUCGCACCGGUGCGCGGCGGGCUCCACCUGCGUGGACAAGCAGCAAGGGUACAACGGCUAUGACUACCAAUGCGUCUGCCCGCGGGGCAUGAUGGGAGAGCGCUGUGAGCUGGAGGCGGAUGAGUGUCAGAGCAGCCCCUGCGUGCACGGCAUCUGCCAGGACCAGGUCAAUGGGUACCAGUGCUACUGCACACCAGGCUAUACAGGAACGCACUGCGAGAAGGAGUACAACGAGUGCGUCUCCAGCCCCUGCCAGAAUGGCGGGACGUGCCGCAACCUCCUGAACCACUACGAGUGCGCCUGCGGCCCGGGCUACACCGGCCUGCACUGCCAGACCAAGGUGGACCUAUGCGCCAGCCAGCCCUGCAACAACGCCACCAAGUGCGAGGACCUCGGCAACACCUACGCCUGCCAGUGCUCACCCGGAUUUUCAGGAACACACUGCAACGAGAACGUGGACGAAUGUGAGUCGAUGCCUUGUCUCAACGGCGGCAGUUGCAUCGAUGGCAUCAACUCAUACACAUGCCACUGCUCACCGGGAAUCAUCGGCACACACUGUGAAAUUUUGGAGAGUCAGACCGUCCUGAAUGUGGAAGAGAAGGACAACUGGCGAUUCUACGUUAUCAUUGGCUGCCUGGCGGGGGCACUGCUCUUUGCCGUCUGCAUGAUGGUGGUCUGCAUCUGCGCCCUCCAAAGUCGGUCGGAGUCCAACAAAGUCGGCCACUAUGACCCCAUGUCUGACCUGAGAAAAACUGGUUACACAUACGACGUGAGCAGCGCCUGCGAGACGAGGCCCUCCAAGCAAGCCAUCUACGAGGUCACCUCCAUCGAUUACUGCAGCAACCCGGACGAACCCCUCAUCUCCUCCCUCAAACCACAGGUCAUCUAAAAACUAAAUGAGCGAAGAAGUGAAAAUUGACCACCGUCCACCUUGGGAAUUGCCGGGGGGGGGAGGGAAGGCCAAAAUCAAAAACUCAAAAUAGGAAUUUGAAAAUUGAAAUUUAACCAAGAAAAAAAACCGAGGAAUCAGGAAGAAAAUCCUCAAUAUACUUGAAAUACCUCAAAAUUGACCCCCUCUGGUGUCACUGGUUGCAAGUUUCCUGCUGUUUCCCACGCCCCCCCCACCGCAGAAUAAAUCCUGGCAAUGCCCAUGCCGUCCAUCAAAAACAGACUUCAUGGGGUUUUUUUGUUUAGAAUCCCUAUUCACCAAGUGGUGUAAUUUGGGGAAACCACUGCAUGGGGACGGGAGGAGAAAAUCCGAGAAGUUUUGGCCUUGAGAUAUUUUUGCAGAGUGACUGUACACCGUACAUGAUCAAGUAUUUCAUGAAACCCAUCACGUUCGAGAACAGAAGACACCAGAAACAAAACCCACCUGCAAGUAAUGUCACCGGAGAACGGCGAGCUUGUUCAAAAGUCAAUUUGAUGCUUCUCUGUUUUUGGGGGGGGGAAUCCGACUUUUAUUCCCUUAAAAACAUACUUUUUGUAGUACUUUAAAUAUCUGAAAAAUAAACGUAGGUUUUAAAUCACACCCUUCUGUUUCAUGUUUCUUUGGUGAUGUAUGUAAAUAGUUCUUUUUAGCAAAGGUAAUAAUAUUUAAACUUCAUUAAAAUUGUUAAAAUCUCAUAGCUACAAGUUUGAUAUACCCGCCAAAUAAUGAUGUUGCCAUAGUGUUACAACAGUACUGUUUCCACUGUGACCAAACAAAGAUAUUGAAAGCAUUCCACCUGACAAUCACCCCGCAAAAUACACAAAGAAUUCUCCUGCCACGUUAUGAAUUACUCAAAGGUCGUUAAGUUUCAGUUUGGCACUUUUAUUUCCCCAGCUUCUUUUCUCGCUUGUAACAUUGCGAUUUGAAAUGGCAGUAUAUCCAGACCAAUGCACGUAGUACAGUACUUCAACCCGAAAAACCUGCGCUGCAUUCAGAGCAUUUUAGUUGUGAUUUUACGUGAUGACUGUGAUUCUUUGAUUCUCGAGGACAAGAUCAAAUUGAAAUUCGAGCAACUGCUGUAAAAUUUUAACUUGCUUUAAGUGAAAGUAACUUUGAAUUCAGUGAUUUGGAAUUAAAAACUGGUUUGUGGUUUGUUCAUGACCAAAAAUGUAGUUGAUGCCGUCUGCAUCUGGUUAAAAACUCGUGUUUUUUUUAGCUCAGCUUUUUCACAGAUUGUCAGUUUUUCAGGUAGUGUAUAGCUUAAGCUGUAUAUUAUAAGCACACAGAUACAUCUGCAGCAAAAAGUAAGCACUGUUUCUUUGUUUUUUUAAUAUCAGUACAGGUGCAUGAUUGCCGGGCAAGUUGUGGCUGUGCGGCACUGUUUGGUGUGUGUCCUUGUAGGGUUUGCUAUGCGCAUUGUUGAAUCCUACCUCUCUAAGAGUUUUCUUUCAAUUGUAAGGCGAGCAUUUUUUUUAUAAGUUGGUGUUCAGAUUUUUUACAAGACAAAUUUAGAGGUGCAGGCGGAAAAAGGCAUUUUCUAUGGUCUUGAGAGAAACAAAUAAGGGUCUUCAAGUCAGGGGAAAGAAUAAAUUAAAAAAAAAAAAAA